AUCUUCCUACGUUCUUUCCUUACGUCAACACUUUCACAAGAUAAAACCUUUGUCCUCUUUUUCUCUAUAUAUAUACUAUAAACACUGAGCUUACAUUUCUCACACAUCACUCAAAAUUUAUAACAACUAAAACAAAACACACACACACACACAAAAGGGGGAAAAGAAGAAGAAGAAAGAGAUGGUGAGGCCAUCUUCUAUCGACAGAAAUGGCAUGAAGAAGGGUGCUUGGAGCGAAGACGAGGACGAAAAGUUGAAGACGUACAUAGAGAAAUACGGCCACUGGAAUUGGAGAUUGCUCCCUAGAUACGCCGGCCUGAAGAGAUGUGGGAAGAGUUGCCGAUUGCGAUGGGUGAAUUACUUGAAACCGGGACUCAAGAGGGGAAAUUUCAGCGAGGAAGAACAACAACUCGUCGUUGAAUUGCACGCGGAGCUCGGAAACAAGUGGUCAGCCAUCGCAGUAAAGCUGCCUGGCAGAACAGACAACGAGAUCAAGAACUUCUGGCACACACAUGUCGAGAAACGGCGCAAUCCAAAUCGCGCAUCCCAGAUCACUAUAAGCACACCUUCUACCAUAGAAAAAAGUGAUUCCUCAGAAGCUACUUCUCUCUCCACGAAUUCAUCGCAAGACGAUCUUGAAUCGUUGUUGUCCAGUAUAAUCGAGGCAGAUGGUGCUCUAAAUGAGGGUUUCGGAUCAUCCUAUGGAAGCUUAUGGAAUUCGGAGAGUGAGACGUGUAGUUAUCUUGGUUAUGAUCCUCUGCUUCAGUGUUUUGACUACGAGACGGGUCUCUUUUGGUAGCAGACGAGGAGCAAGGUUUAACUUAACCAGACCGAAUUUUUAAGAGACAUAAGAGAAUAUGUAUGUUGUUGUGUAUAAAUAAUACUCCCUCCGUCCAAUAGUAGAUGCCACACUUGGGAGAUGACACGGGAUUUUAGAAGAUGUUGUUUUGUGUGUUAAUGGUGAGAGAAAAUAUAAUUUUUAUAAUUGAUGUGAGAAGAAACUUUUUCCAAAAGAGGAAAUGUGACAUCUUUUGUGGGACAAACUAAAAGGAAAGUGUGACAUCUACUAUAUAUAUAGGACGGAUAGAGUACUUGCAUACCAUAUAAAUGGGAGUUUUGUAUGUCCAAUGCACGAAGAGUUAUAAACAGUCAAGUGAUUAUGAUGUUUAAUUGUAAUUGGAAAAAAAUGAAAUUAAAUGAAAAUUUUGAGUUUGUGUGAUUUACUGAAUGAAA